CGUCACGCAUUUCCGACCAAUGAGGGUAACGUGACAUCGGCGCAGCGGAUUUGAAUUGUUGUGUAGCGAGCAAAAAAAAAAAAGAGAACAUAUUUUUGUGAGCGGUCGUCGAAACGACACAAGGUUUGUGUUUCUUUACUUCACUGAAACAACUAAACUCGAGUUCCGUGUCGAAUUCCUCCCUUUGCCGUUUGCGGAAGGAUACAACUCACAGGUUGAAAGGAGAAGCGGCAGCGAGAUGGAGCGUCGAGCUAACAGCAAUGUGAUUUUGCUGCUGGACGAGAAGUUCGACUUCGAUGUUCCUAUGUCACCUGACUGCUCUACGUGUGAUGAAGAACAGGAUGACGUCUUUUUGGACCCGUCCCACCAUCGUGUCAAACGCCCACCCGCCAACUUGGCAUCCCACCCGGAGGAAGGGGUGGGUGGCGUGCGGACCAGCUGGAGUCCGCUUCUAGGGGACCAGCUGGAUGCCAUGUGUCAGGAAGCCAAGCGAUUAGCCGAUCAGCUGCAGUGUGGCAAGUGGCCCCAUGGCAAGGAUGAGGGCGCCGCCCCAGCGACCGCCGCCCCAGCGUCUGCCUCCCUGGCCCAGCAGGACGUGGAGCACUUCAUCCAGGACGGUGCCGCCAAACUGGGUGUGCUGGCGUCCCCCCCUAGCCUGAGCAGCCCCGUCAAACGUCAGACCUUCCUGGUGCAGGACAGCCCCAUGAAGGAUCUGCCGCCAGCUAUCCGGAACCAUAUGCAGAGAGGAAGUGCCGCCGCCCAUCUGGGCGCCUCCGCCGCCCCGGCCACUCGUCUCUCCACUCGACUCGCCACCUCCAGCCCGGCCGCCGGCGGCAAGACCAGGGCAGCGCUCCGGGGGAAAACGGGGCUGGGGGCCAUCCUGCCCAGCAAGCCAGCCGCUCCCAGGACUUCCUCUUCAGCCAGCAAGGGCAUUGCCGCCCAGAAAGUCCAAGUGCCCAAGCAUGGCAAAGUGGCGUCAGGUUGUAAACCGAAUCAGAGUUCAGAUCUCGCCAGUCGGACCAAGUCCUGUGAGGAUAUUCUGUCGGAUUCUGCCAGUGUGGUGUCCGAUGUCAGCGACUCAUCCCUCAACUCCAGCAUUGCGGGGAAGAAGCGCACGCUGGCUCCGCCCACCAAGGUGGUGGUGAGGCAGUCCGGUGUGAAGGCGACGCCGCUUCAGAGCGGGAAGACUACAGAAAGACGCAACACGUCCUCGUCCUCAUCCUCUGUGUCCAGCUUCAACUCCAGCCUGUCCCUGUCUCCGGCCACAGGCAAGCUGAACUCGGUGAACCGCGGCGUGAGCCCCUCCAACGGCCCCGUCGUUUCCGGCAACGGCAGCCGACCUGUGAAUCCAAACAAACGUCGCUCCGGAGUUGGCGGUGUCACAAGGACUGUGGCGUCAUCGCCGUCGCCGUCGUCUUCCUCCGUCGCCGCCAGCCGCCGCCGCAGCGGCACGCUAACCGGCCAAGCCAGGAAGUUGUCAGAGCCUGCCAAAGCAGCCAGGACCACGCCGCAACACCAGACUACGCCCGCAAAAAGAACCUUGGACAAGACCUCAUUGACCACUGCGUCUGCUUGGAUUCAAAGCGGACUGAAGACAAAAAGCAAAUUUGCAGCGGUAGGCCAGACACCCAUACCCAGCGAAGGAGCAGCAGGACAAGGGUUUUGUUCUCCGGAUGUUUCCAUGGUGCUCAAACCAAAGAGACUCCUGUCAGUGGCUAGUAUGGACAGCCUUCCUCAAAAACCAUGUGGCCCAUUGACGCCCUCUGCAGGGGUAAGCAGGCCUCUGCAUUUAUGUUCCCAGCGUCCUUCCGGUCUCCCCACACCGCUCAAACGCCGGGCGUCGGCCAUCCCCACGCCGACGUCAGGCAGCCUCGCCAGGAUCUCCGGACCCUCCAGAACGCAGGCCGCCUCGGACUCAGACUUCCCCACCAGGACCUGCCUGAGUCCCACCCCCACCGAUUCUAGCAGAGUGGAGCCAGUUGACAUUCAGCCUUUUUGUCUGGAGGACGAGGAGCAUCCUGUCGAGCCCAGCCAAUCGGAGAUCCCGGAGAGCGAGGAGCUGUCCAGUCACGGCCGAUCAGAGCCCAGCAAAGUUCCCUUCCAGCCCGAGAGCGCCAGACAAGAUGUUCUCCUGCUGGACCUUCCUGCUCCGACGCCCCCGACUCACGAGAAGCUACUCAUAGACCUGAGCAAUACUCCAGACUUGAUCCGCAACAGCACCAAGAACUGCGCCACCAUGCAGCAUUUGAUUGACUUAAGUUCGCCGCUCAUCAAGUGGAGUCCAGAAGACAAGAAGGAGAACAGCGCCCCCCUCAUCAACCUAUCAUUCUGAAAUCCACCCAAUUGAAAACAAUGAAUGCUUCCUGUUUGUGAUUUUAUUCGUGUUGCUGCUCUUAAGAAUUCAUAUCGAAAUAAAUGUUGUACAUUUA